AUGAUUUCUCUGCAUGCUUUGGCGAAUUUCAUUUUACCUGCUCAGUCAACGUCGCUGGAGCUCUUUGACCAGUCGGGCAAACCCGGUCAGAAGUCUUAUAGGCCUAGCGACCCGCCAUCCGCGGCGCAGUUUACCGCCAAGAUACACCCUCGAGAACAAGAGGUUUCGACGGAAGUAAACAGUUUCUUUCUGGACCACUGGCCGUUUGAAAAUGCGAAAGCUAGGAAGAAAUUCGUGGCCGCUGGCUUUCCACAAGUUACCUGCUUCUACUAUCCUACCGCCUUGGAUGACAGAAUUUCUUUCGCCUGUCGUCUUCUGACGCUCUUAUUUUUGAUUGAUGAUCUCUUAGAAAACAUGUCUUUUGAAGAAGGCUCCUCCUACAAUGAGAGACUCAUACUUCUUUCAAAGGGAGAUUCGUUGCCAGAUCGCAGUCUUCCAGUCGAGUGGAUCACUUAUGACUUGUGGAAUGACAUGAAGGCUUGUGAUGAAUCCCUCGCCAACGAGAUUCUUGAACCAGUCUUUACGUUUAUGCGUGCUCAAACCGAUAAGACACGGCUGCAGAUCAAGGAGCUGGGGCACUAUUUGAAGUAUCGAGAAAAGGACGUUGGCAAAGCAUUGCUAUCUGCCCUGAUGAGGUUCAGUAUGAGCCUGCAUCUCAGCUCUGAAGAUCUGAAUUCCGUUGAGGAUAUUGAGCUUAACUGUUCAAGACACAUCUCGGUGGUCAACGAUAUUUACAGCUGGGAAAAGGAGUUAAAGGCUUCCCAGGUAGGCCAUAAGGAAGGAUCCGCCUUGUGUUCAUCCGUGUCGGUUUUGGCUUCAGAAACUAGCCUGGACUAUUCAGCUUCGAAGCGUAUCUUGUGGACGAUGUGUCGCGAAUGGGAGCUUCUUCACAGUAAGCUGGUCAACAGUAGACUAUCAAGUGCUGGUCCAUGUGGUCCAGACUUGCAGGCCUUCAUGAAAGGCUUGGAGUAUCAAAUGAGUGGGAAUGAGGCAUGGAGCAGCAUUACUCCAAGAUAUCACUCUGUCUAGAC